UGACAGAAACUCAUCUUCCUGCUCUCUAAACCCCACGUUCAGCACCGGAAGAAGAAAACUAUGCGCGCUCCUUAACACGCAAUGAACACGCACCACCGUGCCACCAGGAGGGCACUCUCACGUGCGUUCUCACGUGCCUUAGCCAGCCCAUUCUCAACCUCGUCGCAUAAACCCUCCGGCGCCGCCUUUCCUCUGAAGCACGUGACGAGGUCGAACUUCGAGCCGGCGCUGGGCGAACUGCGGCGGCACGUGCGGGCGGCGGACUUCGUGGCCAUCGACCUGGAGAUGAGCGGCGUUACCAGCGCGCCGUGGCGCGAGUCCCUGGAGUUCGACCGCUCCGACGUGCGCUACCUCAAGGUCAAGGACUCCGCCGAGAAAUUUGCUGUCCUGCAGUUCGGCGUCUGCCCCUUCCGCUGGGACCCUUCCACCAACUCCUUCGUCGCUCACCCGCACAAUUUCUAUGUGUUUCAGCGUCACGAGCUGCCGGUCGAUGGCCCUUCUUUCGAGUUUCUCUGCCAGACCACGUCCAUUGACUUCUUAGCUAGAUACCAGUUUGAUUUCAAUGUAUGCAUACAUGAAGGAAUAUCUUAUUUAUCCAGACGACAAGAACAUGAAGCACAAAGACAUUUGAAUGGGGCAUACGAGGAUGAGUUAUCAGAAACAUGGUGUAACCUGAAAGAAGUUAGAGAUGUACAAUUGAACCGCAUGGCUGACAUUCUGUUCAGUGAACGAAUUAAGAACAGAUUCAGCGAAUGGCGCGAUGGGUUAUUACAGGAUAGAAAUGGAGGGUUCCAACCUCAGUGGAACUCAACUGACUCAAAGCAACAAUUUCAAACCAUUUUCUUUAAGAUGCGUCCAGCUCUUAGUCUGACUGGGUUUACUUCUCAUCAGUUUAGGUUAAUUCAAUGGGUCAUUAACAAGCAUUUCGAAGAUCUUACUUAUGUUCGUGUGACUGGUGAGAAUUUAUGCUCACAACAACUAGUAGUGUAUACAGAAUCCAAGGAUGACAUAGACUUGCUUAUGAAAGAGGUGAAAGAUGAGCGUCGCCGAGGAGCAGAGUUGAAAAUCCAAUCUGCAAUUGGGUUUCGCCAUGUUAUUGACCUCCUUUCCUCAGAGCAGAAGUUGAUUGUUGGUCACAAUUGCUUUCUUGAUAUUGCACAUGUAUACAGCAAAUUCUUAGGUCCUCUUCCUUUGACUGCGGAAGAAUUUGUCUCCUCCAUUAACAAGUACUUUCCCCACAUUGUUGACACCAAAAUACUCUUGAAUGCCAAUUAUGUACUCCAACAACGGAUGAAGAAGUCCAGCACAUCACUAUCUUCAGCAUUUGCCCGCUUGUGUCCACAUAUUGCUCUUGGUUCUGAAAGCAAGGGGCUGGCUUUUCUCCAACCUGUGCAAGUGGAGGUUCAAGUGGAUGAUAUGAGGACCUCCAACUGGAACGCUGGAGCCAAGCAUGAAGCUGGGUAUGAUGCUUUUAUGACAGGAUGUAUCUUUGCCCAGGCUUGCAGUCAUCUAGGCAUUGAUUUUAAACUCCAUUCACCGUCUGAAAAUUUAGCCCAUAAUGAAAAGCUCUGUAAGCAAAUCAACCAUUUAUAUCUCAGUUGGACUAAUGGAGACAUUAUUGAUUUAAGUACUGGUAAGAUUGAAGAGCCUUUGGGAACUAAGAAUCCCAAAAAGCAAUACUCAAAGAUUCUGUUUGAGAACAUUGUUUUAAUCUGGGGAUUCCCAUCCAAACUCAAGGCACAGGAGAUAAGACAAUGCAUCUCUAAAGUCUUCGGCCCAACCUCUGUAACUUCUGUCUACCACUUGGAUGAAUCUGCAGUGUUUGUUCAAUUCAGCAAGACAGGGUUUGUCUCUGACUUUCUGGUUCUCAAGGAAACUUUAGAGAGAAGUGAUGGUCCAAUCUCAGUUUUGCAUCCUCUUGCAAAACUUUUGGAAGGUGGAAACACUCGUGCCGCUAGUUAUGAAAUUUAUAAAGAGAUUUGCAGCUCACCCAUUUCUGAAGUCUUGUUUGCCGAUCAGGCAGAGGCUGUUGGUAUUAAAUGGAAGACUGAAGUGAUAGAACCCAAGCUAGCAGGGGAGAGCCAAGAAAAUCAAAGUUUUAGAGAAGACGAAGAAAUAAGUAAUGUUCCUAAAUCUACCGAAAAUUCCAAGCACAAAGUGGAAAAAGAUAUAUUAUCUGGCCAUUAUGAGAUCAUAGAUUCUUUAUAUACCGCCGAAGCCAAUCAGAUGUGAUCCGCGCGGAUUCAAGUGCCGGAAGAGCAUGUCUAGCGAGGACUCUAUCAUACCUGCUAAGUGCCAACUCCUAGGAGGAGAAGUAGGUCCCUUGUUUUUGGCAGGAAUAGUUCCAACCUUUGUUACCCCUCGGUAGCUAGAGUGAGUCUACUUAGCAAAGAGAUCGAUUGAGCAAUAUGAAUCUCGAAAGUGGAUGGUGGACCACCGCCCCCUUGUCUUGGAAGCUCUCCGGCCGGGGAGGGGCCUGCUAUCGUAAUUAAUCAGGAGAAUUGUAGUUACUUUUUGAGUCAUGCGACUUUUUGAUGUAAUUAAGUUCACAAUUUAAGAGUUCGUUGGUUAUUUCAUCUUAUCAUCAACACACAA